AGGGCCUUAUUUUGCUUCCUUCACCAUAAAGAAUCUUCGCACACAAGCAAUCUUCAUUCAGACAAAUUUCCAGCCAUCGGGACAAUUCCUUCGACUAGACCCAGGCAAAGUUAUGUCGCGCAAUUUGGAAGUAAGAAGAGCUGAUGCCUUAACUUUUAUGGCUUACGACGCAAUAUCAUUACAACGUGUCACACUGAAUGGUAAAAAUGAGAUUAGGCUCAUUCCAACGACUAAACGAAAAACAGCAACUGUGUUAUCCGUGCCUUAUAAUGGUUAGUAUUUUUUAAUGCCUUGGCCAGAUUGAUUUUUCCACAACAGUAGUUAUCCAUAAACACCCAAAUCAUAAAUCACGAGAACAUAAAUCCAUAUCUUUUCGCAACCGUUUAAUGUUCUGUUUAUUAUAUGGAUUUAUUCAGAGUGACAAAAAUACACACAAAGACGACAUGUUAAAUAAGAACGCGAAAGACCAGUAUAAAAGCGAUAUUUUUAAAAUUUUUAAAACAUAAAACUAGAAUAAAUUUUACUGUAUCUCAAGAUGUCUUUUAGAUGUUUUCGUUUUAUUUUCAACGUUGAUUUCGUUUUAUAUAUACGAACGAAAGACCAUUUGUAUUUUCAAAACCAACAACAAUGAAAAUGGCUGGAAAUCUUCGAACUUCGUAUGUCACUAGCAGGGGUGAAAUAUGGAAAAACACCAUUGUCCAUAUAAUAAAAUAUAAUAUCAGAAAUUCAUUUGAUCAGUAUACCUCGACAAAUUGACGAAAUUGAAAAUAAUUUCAUUUUACAAAUCAUAAUUCAUUAUAAAAGUUACUGUAUAUUCUACCUAACCCCACGAUGUAAGGCUAAUUUGCAACAGAUUUCUGAGAAAUUGCGUUUUGGUUUUGCAACAUGUUCAUGGCCAGCAAGAGACGGACGUUUUCGGGUUUUGCUUGGAAAAUGGCCAAUGGCCGACUGUUAUAUUGAACACUGCCGUCAUGCUUUUUCAGCAUCUCAAAAAUCUAUCAUGCUUGUUACGUCAUAGAUUCAGUUCACUGAAAAAUCAAACUGACCGAAAUAUUUUGAAAAGAUAUGAAAGUCAUAAACAUCUUGGUGAACAAAAUCAACAAAUGAACAUGAUUGAUGCGGUAUUGUUUAUUUUUAUAGGUUGUCUACUACCUAACGGUCGUUUGUUGAAUGUUGGCGAACAGUAUACGAAUGACCAAUGUACAAGACUAUGUACAUGUAAUGAAGAAGGCUCGGUCCCCUGCAUGGCAUUGUGUCCUACUCGUCCAAUCAGUGUAUGUAAUGCUCCACUGGUCCAAAAGAAAAUACGCGUUCCCACAGGCCCCCCUGAUAGUAAAUGUACCUGUGAACAAGUCAUCUGCGUUAAAGCAGGUAUGUACUCUAAAUACACUCUUGAAAACAAUUCUACAAUUCCCGAUGUCGUGUAGAACGUUUUAAAUUGUUCGAACGUUCGGCAACGUUGCUUGUCAUGUUCGGCAACGUUGCUUGUCAUGUUCGGCAACGUUGCUUGUCAUGUUCGGCAACGUUGCUUGUCAUAUGAUGAGAACACUAAAUAAACCUGUUUGAACUAUUAUGGAACAUCGUUCAUUGUUUUCAAAAUAUUUAAUGCAUGUGUUUGGGCUAUAUUCUAUUAUAUAAGAGAUGAAUUGGUAGAUCUCCACGUUUCUAGCUGUAAGGAAAGUAUUUUUAUGUAUUUUUACUCAUGCUUGAGUAUAUGAAGUGCUUAGCAUAGGCGUACGGGAGGAAAGAAUUAGGGGGUCGGCCGUAAGUAUGCCCGACGUUGGUGAAAAUUCUCGACCUUUUGAAAUUGAAAAAAAAAGUUGAAAAUUUUCAACUUCAAAAUUUGUUUCCGACGGAAAAUUUGUGCCCGCUCUUCCAUUCUAUUACUUUUAAGUACAGUUGCCCAACUGCCCUAUUUUUAAGUACAAACUGCCCGACCCAAAAUUUUUGGGGUCCCUCCCAGCCCUUCCCCUCAUCUCGUAUGCAUAUGGCCCACAAUACUUUCAGUUUAAUCUUAUCCAACACCGCAGCAUUUCGUUCUUCUAUUAUUGAAAGCAAAUGAUCGACGGAGCAUUCUGUGUUAUUAUUAUUAGAAACAACGACAGAUACAUCUGAAACAAUCAUUCCUCCUGGUGCAAGUAAGUAGAACUCUAUAAACCUCUUUUUCAUCGCUUUACUCUCCUAUUAAUGGAGGAAUGGGUAAUCAUUUGUGUAAACUGUACUAGAAUUAAUCCCCGAGCCGACGGCGCGAAGCGCCGUGCGAGGGCACUAAUUCCCCCCCGGCUAUUUACACCCGGGGAAACGAAAGCAUUAGCGGAGUCUAAAGUUCAUCAAUUAUCGCGGGCGCUCACCAACGGUGUUGAGUGGGUGGUCAUCACUGAUCUCAAAAUAUGGCUAUUUGCCAGGAGUGAAGAAGGCAAAAAUAUAAAAAAAUACAUGUAAAAAAGCCUGGAAAAUCGUUUCACAUAACAAAUUGUACAACUUUUUUGCAAUUUUUAAACGUAAACAUUGAUAAAAAUUGAUAUUGUAUGAUAAAUCCUAAAGUAUAGGGCAAGUUUGUUUCAAUUGUUUAUACAUGACUUUGCAUUUAAUAAUAUAGACUUUGUUCUUGAUGUUUAAGUCUUUCCUAUGCAUUGUUUGCGAAAGUUUCUUAGUUAAAUUAACUUUUGUAGAAGUUCAUGAUAAAAAGGAAAGCAAAUUAUUUUCAUCAGCGUCCUGUACGAAAAAAGCAGUUAAUUUCAAUUCACAUUUAAAAACGUUUUACGUAGAGUUUCGUUUUGAAUUUUACAUUAAAAUAAAGCCCAUAGAAACCAAAGUAUUAUACCUACUUUAUAUAUUUUAGAAAUUGAUAGUUCUGUAUUUAAAAGUGUUCAAAUUUCAUCUAUUUUUUCCCGGUUUGUACAAAAAAUUAAAAAACAAUUAUCGUGUUGCCAAUUUGCCAUGACUAACAUGACGUGCCAACGCGAGCCUGCGUUCAGUGUUGGCGUAAUUACAAAUACUUCAUGUUGAAACAAUGUUUGGAAAAUAUAAGCGAGGGAUUGUUGCAUGCAUGUAUUUCUAGUAAUAUGAUCUAUUCGGCUCAAAAAUGAUAGCAAUUUCCGCACGUAAUACAAACAUAUACAAAAUAUGCAAACUUCGCAAGGCUCUAUUUUCCAUAUUUUACAUUUCGUAACCAAAUUUUGUAAUUUUAAUAAUUUUAAUAAGUUCUUUACAGGAAUUUACUUUUUUUUGCCUAGAUCAAAAAUUAGUCUAACACGCAAGUUGUCUAUUGAUUUGGGUACGAUUUAGUGGAUUAUAUGGAAAUGUGUUGUCGCCCCCCACCCUCCCCAAUCGAGAACGUUUUGAGCCUGGAAAAAGUUUGUUUUGUGGACACUAAGCUUAAAUACUAAUAUGUGAUUAUUUCUUUUAUCAGUGAAUCAUGCAUUGCUUGGUUACGCCACACAAUCAAACACAAGCAGAGCUGGCUAUGCAUAUAACGCUGUGGAUGGCAACAGAAGCGGCAAUUACGAAGAUUUCUCUUGUACUCAUACACCUACUGAGGAGAAUCCAUUCUGGUCUGUGUCAUUUGAACCCGGUUCUGUCAACGUAUCAGCCGUACGAAUAACAAACAGACAGGACUGUUGUCAAGACAGAUUAUCCGACUUCGAAAUACGUAUUGGAGAAUACUUUGGCGAAGAAGCUGAAAAGAGUCCAAAAUGUGGCGGGUUGCAUACAAUAAGCGGUGAUUCUAAAGUUAUAUCAUGUCCAAAUAUGGUUGGUCGUUCCUUGACUAUAAGAAUACCUGGAAAACACAAGACUCUAACCUUGUGCGAAGUUGAAGUCUUCGGCACCAGUAAGUAUUCAUACAUUCAUGCUGAAUACUACAUAUUCUACACCAUGUACUCCUAGACAAAAUUAAAAACGCAUUAAUAAUUCAGGAAACCACUGCCGUGUCGGUGGUUUUGUAUGCGUUAAAAAUCAUGUUAAUUUACAUAAACUAAGACAACGUUGAUUUUUUUAAAAAAAUAUGUUAAUUGAUUUUUAAAAAAUUAUGUUAUUUUUCAUAAACUAAGACAACGUUGAUAUUUUUAAAAAAAUAUGUUAAUUGAUUUUUAAAAAAUUAUGUUAAUUUACAUAAACUAAGACAACGUUGAUUUUUUAAAAAAAUAUGUUAAUUGAUUUUUAAAAAAUUAUGUUAAUUUACAUAAACUAAGACAACGUUGAUUUUUUUUAAAAAAUAUGUUAAUUGAUUUUUAAAAAAUUAUGUUAAUUUACAUAAACUAAGACAACGUUGAUUUUUUAAAAAAAAUAUGUUAAUUGAUUUUUAAAAAAUUAUGUUAAUUUACAUAAACUAAGAAAACGUUGAUUUUCUCGGCUAAGACAACGUUGAUUUUUAAAAUUACUUCGCCAAUGAACUCAUAAAAUGGGUCGUUUUUUAAACCAUUUAAGACACUCCCAUUCCGUGCUUUAUCGGGUAUAAAACACUGAGUUGUCUGUUGCCUCGUGUUUUAUUUCUCAUAAAGCACUCCUGUUCGUGUUUUUAGUAGUAUACAGUGCACUCUAAAAACAUUCUGUUAACAAUUGGCAGUGUUGUAAAAAUUACCCAAUCUCGUCUGAUUGCUCAUUUAGGUGCAAAUAAGAUUGUACUGUAUGAAAAUGCACCUAAGCAAAAAAGCUACAAAAACAAGGAGUAUAAAUGUAUAAUUCAACUGCGUUGAAUUUGUUACUUAAUCUGAGUAAGGCAAUUUCUGUCCAGUCACAUGACAAGUAAACGUUCAACAGCCGAACGUACUUGACCUUACUGUUGUUCCUGAAAUUCGAAACUGUAGUUUGAUGUUGUGCUGUGGUGAUGUUAACACGCCAAGCUUUAUUAGUGUAUGUAUCUUAACGAGUCUUUGAAUUAUACAAACGAAAAAACUAAUCUGAUUUUUCAUGUAUAUUGCUUUAUAGGAAUCCUUGGAACAUCAAGACAUCGCCGCCGGCCAUAUGGUCCAAAAAGAUAGAGUAAUAGUUAAAAGUAUUAAAUAUAUAGUAAGAGCCAAGUAAAUUAUUGCAUAAAUAAACAAUUGGGUGCAAGACGUGACAUGAUCAAUUUAUAGACUUAUAAAUAUAAAGUUAAGAGUAUAACUUUACUUAAUGUGUCUUGUUGUAAAGUAUAUGUUUAGAAUUUCACCUGUAUUAUUAAAAGAUGCUGUAAAGUCCGUUCUGCGCAUCAGUUCUGCUCAUAACAAAGGGGGACCCGCAGAUAUAAACAUUGCCCAAAUUUGCAUCUUUCUAACUUUUUUGAAUUGAAACAUAGAGUUUAUUGUUUACAUUACGGACUUUACAGCAUCUUUAACCUAACCUCCUGUUUUGUUUGAAAAUAAUAGUUUUUCUUCAAUUAA